CAAAAGUUUUAGUCUUAAUGUGCAAGCAGCAAGAGGAUGCCGGCAAAUGCGAGAGGGAGCCUGCGGUUUUGAAUCCUCUUUCUGCAGCCAGCUGAGCAGCUUUGUGAGCUGAAAUUUCUGCUCUGACCAUGGUGGAGAUUGUGUGCUGAAGAAAGACGAGUUUGCAAGCAAGAAAUAUGCGAAAUAACCCGACUAAGUGACACAUCAGCCACUCUUUAAACUGACUUGGAUUGACAGGGCGUUAUCUAUUCAAAGUGAGCAAUGGCGCUCCAGGAGUCCCCGCUGCUCAACGAAGUUCUUGCGAAUGUGACUCGUUUGUACCACGGCACCAGCCGGCAGGAGCAGGCGGCCGCAAACCGUUGGCUAAUGCAGUUUCAGAGAGAGAACAGUGCCUGGGAGGUGGCUGUAUCGGUGCUCAGCUUCGUGCAAGGUCUGGACGAGAAGCGACCGGAGCUGUACCUGUUUGCAGCACAAACGCUGCGGAAAAAGAUUCAGCGGGAUCUUGCGAGCUUAGCUCUGGAUUUUCGGUGGAAGUUACGAGAUGCACUCCUCUUGUAUGCUGCACAGUACGCCCAUGCAAACGCUCAGGUGUUGACUCAGAUCUGCUUGUCCAUCUCUGCCCUCGCCCUUCGCCUCUCCCAAUGGCAUGACCCGCUCAAGGACAUUUUCGAGUCCCUCUCGGCAGAGAGUUUGCAUGGGGCUCUUGUGAAGCUGCUGGAAGUGCUUCCAGAGGACUGCUUAGAGGAAGGGCCCAGCACGUUCCGGAGGAUGGAAUACAUGAAGGAGUUGCUGGCGAAAACGCCCCAGGUACUGGUUUUCCUGCAACAGCGGCUCAUCCAAGGGGGAGGCGACAUCGGCUCCCAGAGGGGCGUGCUCGACUGUCUUCUCGGCUGGGUUCGACUGGGUGGCAUGAGCGAGUUGCCCCAAGACAGUCUCCCGGAACACCCUCUGAUAGCAUACUCUCUGGACAGCCUCGCGAAUCCCGGCCUUGCUGACGUGGCCGCAUCCGUGGUCAGCGAACUGCUUCAGCGGCACGCGGUGAUGGCCCCUGCGGUGCUCCGUCUGGUUCCCCACUUCCAGGCCACCGUCCUCCCGCGCUACGUCCAGCAAGAAGAAGAGGAGGGCGUGUCCGCCAUCGUCGAAGUGCUCACGGAGCUGGGGGCAAGCGCACCCCAACUUAUUGCUCAAGGGAUUCCUGACGCCAUGGCGCUGUGCACCACACUGAUCGGUUCAAUAACGCUGCCAGAAACAUGUGGCUGGGACCCAUACACCCUGCCAACCACUUCCCUUUCGUUCUGGUCAAAUGAGGCCUUGGUCAGUCGGAUAACCAGCGAGCAGCAACAGUCGCCCUUCAUCCCCGUUUAUCGUCAGCUCUUGGGAGCGCUACUCAUUAGCGUACGGAGCGAUAGCGAACCGGACGAGAAAGACGGUCUCGUCCAUUUAGAGGAAGACCUGAUCAACUUCCGGUCGGAGUGUGAAGACGCUCUGUUGGCCGUUUGUCAAGUGCUGGGGCCGCAGCAGUACUUACAGCAGGUUUUAGAAGGUGUCCAGGCGUGGAGCACCGGGCAGCAGCCAGCCCGAUGGGAAGAGAUCGAAGUGCGCAUGUACCUGUGCGAAGCGAUUGCCGACGAGACCCAGAAGCUGCUCAAGAAGGACCAGCUGCCCAAGAUCACGCCGCUCUUCCAGUUCAUCGCCGGCCUCCCCACCAACCAGCCGCUGAACCAACAAAAGGGAGGGCCCUUGGUUCAUAACGCGGCUGCCAGAGUCACGUCCGCUUUCGCAAAGUGGUUGUAUUCGCACCCAGAUGCGGGCUCAGCGCUGCUCACGUUCCUGGUUGGAGCCCUGCAGUCGCCGGUUUCCGCGGGCGCCUCUGCACGUGCCCUCAAGCACGUGUGCGAGGAGGUGACAGCUGUCACCAGCGAGACGUCCUCUCUGGAGGGCCUCCUGCAUAUUGGCGAGAACCUACCGUCGUUCCGACUAACCGCUGAGCAAGAGGAGGACGUCUUGAGCGCAGUUGGCGCCGUAUUGUCUGAACAGCCCGCAGACCGGGUUGCCCAGGGCUUGCAACGACUACUCCGCCCCAAUAGGCUAGCACUAGAAGCGUUGAUAGAGAGGCCCGGGCCCAUCUCAUCCUGUCCCGUCGUAGAGCUGCACGCGUAUGUCCAGGCGAUCAAUAGAUUAGGCGCCCUCUUCCGGCACGUCCGCUCCUUCCCCGAAGGCUCCGACGACCCCCUUGCCGCCAUUCUGUACUCAGAAUGGCCCCUCUUAGAGCGCCUGCUUGCGUCCCCGCAUGCGGCGGAGGACAGCAUCACAGGCGCGGUUUGCCAAACCCUCCAGGAUGCGGUUCGCGCGACCGGGGUCAAGUUCGGCGCGCUGCUCAGCCCGUUCCUGCUCGCGAUGACACGUGGCUUCGCCUCAGCGCAUCCGCACCCGGCGUAUCUACGGGCAGCUUCCGCCGCCUCAGAGGAGCUGAGUAGCGAGCCCAGCAUCGGCCCCAUCAGCCUAGAAGCGUUGCGGGUUUUCUCAGCGGCGCCUGCGGUGGCUAGCAUUCGGGCGGUGGAAGAUGCGGACAGAGAGCCCGAGAUCACGGAAGCGUACCUCCACUUUGUUAUCACGUUCCUUAGGUCGAGCAGAAGGGACGUCGUGUCAGAGGCACUGGGCCAGGUGCAGGUCGCCCUCAGCAUCGGCGCCGGAUGCGCCUGCGCGAGCCACCGGGGGGUGUCGGCCUCUGCCCUUUCUCUAGUAGCAGCGGUCAUGGAGGCGGCCCUGCCGUCGUCGGACGAGACCUCUGCGGCGGUCGUCCCUCUCGUGAACCUGGUGGUCCAAUCGGGGCGCAUCAUCGUACACGGCCUGGUGCAAGCGCUGCUCGGGAUCUCGCCCAUGACUAAGAUCCACAAGAUCGCGAGCAUCUUUCAGCAGCUGGCCGUGCUGGUGAUCCAACACAGCGGCCAGCCACCCGAGGCCGGCCUCGCCCUGCUGCAGCACUGGCUUGCGUCCGUACUUCAAGCACUUCCAACUGGAUGCCUCCGACCAGAUGAAGCACAAGCGGUGCCUCAGAUCUGGGGAGAUGCAUUCGUGGCGGCUGCAGCCGAUGUUUCGCAGCAUGGGGCAAACGAGCGAGGACGGGCGGGUGGCGGUGGUUACUUGGGAGGCGAUGGCGGACGGAGGAUCAAGCGUGUGAUUCGCGACUUUGUGGAUGGUCACAGGGUAUAGAGAAGCGAGAAGAGGAGUCGACUUAGACACGAAUGUGGUGGGCAGGAGUCGAGAUAGACCUGGACCUACAUGUUUGUCUUCGGGACUCCAGGGUUUCAGCACGGGAUGUAGCAGGCUGCUUCAGUACCAAUCGAGG